AUGGUCUCACCGCCGCUGUGCGCACACGAGCGGGGCUGGGCCGAGCGGAGGAAGCCGACGGCCGUUUCCUCCGGCACACGGCGAUCCUCAGGGGCUCAUUGUGUUCCCGAGGACGCGCUCAGGAUGUCGGGGCCGGAGGGGGAGCAGGGGAAGGAGGACGGACCCGUCGCUCAGGAGCCCAUCAGCACAGCAGGGAAGUGCAACACCAUCUACAAAGGUUUUGCUGGCUGCCUCAUCAGCCUGGGGGACAGCAUGGCCCAGAGCGUGCGGCAGCAGCGGGACGAGGAGGAGGAGGAGGGCGGCCAGGAGGCGCGAGAGUUGGACACCAUCUGCAGGUCCUGGGAUGAGUUCCACGCCUGUGCCAGCGGGGUUCUGUCCCGCUGCCCCGAAGAGGCUGCAGCCAUCUGGGAGUCUCUACGCCAGGAAUCCCGCAAGAUCCAGUUCCAGGGAAACCUGCAGGAGCUGUGCAGUGCUCGGGGUCGCCUGGCCAGCUCCCAAGGCUCACCACCUGCCGAGACCAACCAGGCCACACUGCGGGGCUCAGCCCACCACGGUCACCCCGGCAUCCUGCCCCUGCUGGCCCUGCUGCUGCUGGGAGCUUGGGCAUAGGGCUGCCCUCAGCCAAGGACCCGCCGUGCACUGCAGUGCAGGGGUUCAGCCUGGGGUCCCUGCUGACCUCAGUGUGGGCACAGAUUGAGCCCCAGCCCGGCCCCGCAGCCCUCACCCUCUCCUGGAACCUUUCAGAUGGAUUUAUAUUUAUAUUAAAAGAUGCUUUUACAUUUCUCCA